GCAUGACCACAGGCAUGACUUGAUUAUAUAUUGUGGUCUUGCCGCAAACGUUAUCUGUCAUCGGAUUAACUUUUAAUGACAGUACGUCACAGCAGGCGCAGUACCUGAUUACACUGAAAGAAAACCCGCGAAAUUUUCAAAGCGCUUUUUGAGGCACUUGAAUUUUGAGUCGAAUAUACGCACUAAAUAAAGUUUGUUAAGCGUGCGUUUUAACCGAUUUUUGUCAAAUUUCCACACAGCAUAGGUACAUAUUUCGGCUACAAAACGGUGUGCGCGCGAGCCUUUUAUUCAAAUAAUAAGCAAGUUACAAGCUUUUUGUUGUCAAUUAGUUGCAAUAUAGCAUAGGUCUGGAAUGAAUAUGCCGUAACUCAUGAACCCCUAAAGCAACUACAAAACGCGAACACCGUUUUUUAGAACAACCUUUGAGAAGAGUAAAAAUGAUAUUUUUAUAGGAUUUGAGUAAAACCGGCGUCUAACAAACUUCACGGCGCGGAAGUACCGCGAUUUUAGACUUCGGCAAAUAUCUGAAUAAGUAUUUAUUCUUUCGUACAUAUGAUAAGAACAUCUUAUACUACAUUUAUCUAACUACAUUUGGUGAAAAUUUUAUGGAAUUUGGAUUAAAAUUGAUCGAGUUACAGCGGAUCUACCGAAAGGCAUGUCUAGGGUAUCCUGUAACCUUAACUCGAAGAUUUGCUACCCCCUAUUUUCUAUGAAUUGCAGCUCGAAUGCACUAUAAGCUGUCACGUGACGUAGUUUGUAACAUGAUAUCCCAUUUGAUCACAUGUUGCUCUGAAGUUUGCCUGCCUUCCAAACCCGGUCUUCUAAGUUAACGAUGUUUCGUCUCAGCCUGGCAGUUCUUUAUGUAGGCCGGAUAAAGCUAUCCACUAGAAAGUGAUUUUUUCAAGUAUACUAAACUUGUCUGUUUAUUGGUAUUAUGUAAGUAUUUAGCAGGAUCUGAAAUUUAAAUUUUUUUCAGUACCCCGCUGGGAUACCAGCAUUCAAAGUAACCCUACUGAGAAUCGAAUAUACUACUUUUGGAUACUGGGGCGCUUUCCAUUUAAUGGCCUGACCGGUCAGACCCGAAUACUUUUCUCUGUAUCAAUGGAACGAUUUGGUCUAUGUUUCCCAAAUAUCUAGCGAAUUUGGACCUCAUUCUAAUUCUAUCUAAAUUUUCUGGUCAGAUAGGUCAGAAGCCCAAACGUUUUGUGUUCCAUUCAACAAUUUGACCGUUCUGACCGGUCUGGCUGUGUUAAUGGAAAGCUCCCCUGGUUACCAUAAAUUUCGGCAUCCCUGAACUACCAAACUAAACUUGUAUACAGUACAUGUCUCUCAUUGUUAUAAACCACAAUAACAACAGGAGACUCGCCAGUCAACAGCUAGACCCCCAAGUUGAAAGUCAAAGGCUGGUUAUUUUCAAGAAAGCAGGCUUAUAGUAUUCAAAGCUACUGUAUUGGGAGACCACCAGAGACACUUAGCGUUUUCCUAAUGUUUGAAAUUUUUGACGUCAUUCACAGUUUGGUAUCCAAACCGAAAUUUUAGUAUCCUGUGGAUUCCACAGGAUACUGCAAGUUUCAGUCCCUGUUUAGUAUUUAUAAAUUCGAGUUUCUUUUUAUUAAUUUGGCUGUUCAUAUCCGUAGUUUUACAGUAUACUGUAGAUUUUGACACAAUUUUACAAUGGUUAAAAAAAUCACCAUUCGUCCGGUAGAUAGCGCUAUCCACAGAGGCGCCGGAGCCACGGGGGCAGCGGGGGCAACUGCCCCCGUUGCCCAAACAUUGCGGGGGCAACAGGUUGCCCUUUUUGCCAGAACUGCGCCUCGAAAUUUGUGCAUUAUUCACAGAAAUUGGAAUUCAGAACUAUUUUUAAACAAUGUUUAAAGAUGCGGUACAGACCAUAUGUAAACAAAGGCUUUGUUUACAUUUCGGUAUCCAAAAUAUAGAAUUUUAUUCGACAACUAUUUAUAUUUUCAUGAUUCUAGAGUAUAAUAAAUGAUCAAGACGCAACAAUCAAGCUUUGCAAGAACAUAAAAUGAAAUAAAAACCUAAAUAAACUGUUUGUAUAAUAAAAAUUGGGCUCCUUUGAUUUUGUGCUCAUUCGCAGAUCGGACUGUACAGCAUCUUUAAGCAAUCUUUGCUUAAUUUUUAACCAGUUGUAGUAAAAUUAAUGCUAAAUCAAGCAAUAUACGCCCGUUUACUGAUUUUAUUUAAUUUGCGCCUUUAGUACGGUGCAACGAAUAAAAGUGUUCAAAUUAAUGUCGAAGUUUGCGACCCAUAAUAGCCAGAAGUAAUCGAGUGUCCAUACAGUAAAAUUUUAACAAAUAUUGCUGCCCAGAAAAAUUAUAUGGCUGAGAAGCAAGUGCCCUUUUGAAAUGGCUGCCCCCGCCGCUUCACAUUGCUUCCGGCGCCCCUGGCUAUCCAGUCUUCGUACAAAUGGCCCCAGAUUUCUAAGGCAGAACAGUUUAAAUCUUAUAGACAUACCCACUGGUCGCUAGCAAUAAAUAAUGUUAGUGUUCUCCUGAAUGAUCAACAAAUCGUAAUUAAUUUUUUCAUUUUAGAAAUUUGUGACUAUGGAUACCCACAGAAAACCGAUACGUCCAUCUUAAAAACAUUCAUCACGCAGCAGGGUAUAAAGACACAAAGUCGAGAGGAACAGGCUCAGAUCACAAGUCAAGUAACAGGCCAGAUUGGUUGGAGACGAGAAGGCAUUAAAUAUCGUCGUAACGAAUUAUUCUUAGAUGUACUGGAGUCUGUUAACUUAUUGAUGUCCCCGCAAGGUACAGUGUUAGAUAUGUGUGAUCCGCUUUAAGCUAUUGAAGCUUUGUGCUUUGAUCAUAUUCAUUGAAAGUGGUAUACACAGGCUUAUUCUUAAUACACAUGCUUGGUAGACACUUGUUGAAAGAAACUUUAGUUGAAAGUGCCAGCAUUGAGCUUUUUCGAAAGUUAUAAAAAGUUUACAAAAUGACCUACAGUACAUGCCAAUAAAUUUGCAGAAAUUAACUUUAUAGUGUAUUUAACGGUUUCGCUGUAGCACAGUGAUUAAUGCUUGUACGUUUCACUUCUGCUCCGAUAUUCGAUUAUGCAGUCGUCUGAUUAUGAAUAUGGGUCAGUUACAUGUGAGAAGAAUGUUUCUGGUUCGACUGUACAGAACACCACAGGCUUUCUCCUGGUACUUCUGUUUUCUCUUGUAGUAAGAUUGUACCAUGCAAUACCUGCAUGUAAGGUAUGCUCUCUACUUGGACCUCUAGCGAAACCGUUUAAGAGGAGUUUUUUUGGAUGUUAUGUAACACGCGCUCAAAACUAAGUAGCAUAAUAUACCUGCACUUGCGCUUGACUACAUCCAAAUACCAAAUUUUCGAUACGUUUCUCAAUCGGCGAACAAACUUAAUACUACAGUACUAAAAUGAAGAGAUUUUAGAUGGUAGGCCAAAGAGAAAAUGAUGUCUGAAGUUCAGUAAGUUUUGCUUACAUAUGGGCGCUUUCCAUUUAAUGGCCAGACCGGUCAGACCAGAAUUUCUCUCUCUGUAUUAAUGGAAAGAUCUGGUUCAGGCCUCUCGAAAAUCCGGCGAAAUGGAUCUCCGUCAAAAUUGAUCCAAAUUUUCGGAUUAAAGCGGCCCGAAGUCCAAAUUUAUUGUGUUCCAUUCCACAAUGUGACCGUUCUGACCGGUCUCGCCGUGUUAAUGAAAAGCGCCCAUAUACAGGUACAGUAUAUUGCUGUAUAAAUAUGCAUGACGUCAAUUUUACAGCAUCAAUGAUAAUUGUAUUUAAAUCGACAAUAUUGAACUAUUAUAUUGUGUUCCUCAACCACCAGAUGCAUUUAAAAGGGUUGCCAUUGUAAUUGUGUAAACUACAGAAUAAAGCUAAAACAAAGUAUAGCCCCGUUUACACUACGCUCAAUUUUUGGUACGGCACGGAUAAAAUUAGUACCCGUACCACUUUUUUGGUUCUUGGAGUUGGACUACCUAAAUAGGUAGGUUUUGAACACUUUUCAUUGCAAAUACAGGACAUUGAAAAAAAUUGCCACAUGAAUGUUUAAACAUGCAGAAGGAAAAUACAGUAGUAUAAUUGUUUGGUUUAUGUUUCCUCCUGUAAUAAUAUUACACCAAUCCAGGAUGAACGUUGCUUCAUGAAGUCUGAGGACAACAGUUUACAGUGGAACUGAUAGAGUUAUACAGUAUAAAUAAACUCAUUUUAGAAUGGGAUAGCGUAUACAAUGCCUCAGGCCUUCGGAAUUUGACAAAAUGACACUAGUGAUUGACCCGAUAAUCGGUAUCGGACCGAUUUUUUCCUUAUCGGUAGACAAUCGGAAUCGGUAGAAUAGACCUUAUGCAUAAUGACGUCACUAGGAUUGAUGCCCGCAAAGAAUGCUGGUCUUAGUAGUCAUCGCCCGGGAAAAUUUCUAUAGUGGCCAUUUUGAAAUGUUUAAUUUUCCCUGGUGAUAACUACUAAGACCAGCAUUCCUCGCGAGCAUCAAGCCUUGUGACGUCAUUAUGCAUAAGGUCUAUUAUCAGCAUUUUUCGAUUGUGUGAAACCGUUUGCUGAGAAAAUACGCACUUUAAAAAUGAUGUACAUUGCGCGUUGUUACAUGCACGUUGUAUUUUAACGCAGUAUGUUAAAUUAAUGCGUGAAGCGUAUACCAUUUAUAUGAGCGGUUUUAACGAGCUUUGAAUGACAUCACCUUUACUCGGUCGACUGACAUUAUGACGUCAUUAUAAAAUCGGUAUCGGUUAGAUUGUUGCAUGAAUAAUCGGUAAUCCGUAAUUUCCAAUUGUGACACAAUCGGUCAAUCACACAAAAUGACACUCAUUGAGUGGGCAGUUUACAUGUAACAGCUAAUACAGUACACAUCAUUUCAUAACAUUAUUUAUGUUGUACAAUAGCUGUAUCGGUUAUCGGUUUGUCUCUAAAUAUUAUAUACUGUACAUCUAUCAGGUCAAACAUUGAGUGCACAUGUGAGUGGUAAGGUAGUGAUGAAGAGUUAUCUAUCUGGGAUGCCAGAAUGUAAAUUUGGAAUGAAUGAUAAACUGUUGUUGGAGAAACAGGCAAAGUCAUCGACACCAGAAUCUGCUGCAGCUGCUGAUGCUACCUCUAAAAAGUAAGUUCUCAUAAUGUGCUCUAGACAGGGCCUUUGAUAAAACUUUACUGUUGCAGAGAGGUUUAGAUUUUACUAGCUCGACAACUGGACUCCGUAGCUCAGUUGGUUAGAGCGUUGCAAAACGAACGGCGCGAUACUGAUUUUGAGAAAAUUUAAUUCGCUAGUUUUAACGCAUUGUUUUCAAAAAAAUCUUCCUUUGCAUGUACUGUAACAGAUUAGUGACGAGAUUGCUUGAUGGUUUGGUGAGAAUGAUGAAAAAUUAAUGAGGCAAAAUAAUAGGUGAAAAUGUCCAUGUAGAACAGUCGGUAGGCAGCCACAUUUUGCUCGGGAAAUAGCCAAUUUUACCGGUUGAUAUCUUGCAGACUGUUCCAAGCCAAUGCUAACAAUUUUCCUUUUGCCAAUACUUUGCUAGGAACACAAGUAAAAGUGGUAUUGCAAUCGAUGACUGCACAUUCCAUCAGGUCAGUGAUACGAAUUUUGUCACCAUAUAUAGGGGGACUUGCUAUCAUUUUCGAUGUAUCGUUGUUUUCUCUUAUCGGUCUUGAUGUCACAGUGAUCAGUCUAUGUGCCUUUUACCUCUGCUACCCAGGUUCGAGAAUAACCAUAUAAGUUAUCGUCUAUGUCAGUCAACGUUUAUUCAUGAAUCUGGUCCUUCACCGUUUUAGGAAAGUUACCUAUCCGUGAUAGGUAACUUUCCUAAAUUGGAAAUUGCUAUUGGUGGAUUUGGCAAAGGUACAAUACUUACGUGACUGUAAAGGACCAGAUUUAUGAAUAAAUGUUGACCAACUUAGAUAAUGAGUUAUACUGUAAUUUGUUUUAUUGUUAUUCUAAUGAGUUCCACAGAGGAGUACUUCCUGUUUGGAUCUACCAAACGCAACGGGUUUUAUUAUUGGCAUGCUUAUUUACGUGGGCGCAAUGAAAAAAACACUUAGCCAUCGUCUCGAAGGCAGUUUUAAUUUGUUUCUUUUCGGUCUUCCUUUGCUUAUCAAUGGUAGUUCAUAAUUCUCCUGUUGUUGCCCAAAGUGCAAAAUUUAAGACUGACUUUCCAUCCAGUCCCCGUGCCGGUCAAAGCAUUGCUUAAGUUUUGUUAUACUGAGUGGAAAUGCGUACAGCAUAUAUUUUCCUUUGUUUUUAUUGGGUAGUUUUUGUUCAUUGUGACAAUGCUAUCUUAUUUUUCAGUGUGUCAAACUUAGCAAAUUUGAAACGGAAAGGAGUAUCAGUUUUGUUCCUCCAGAUGGUGAAUUCGAAUUAAUGAGGUACCAUGUUUAUUUCUUUUUUUUGAACUACUCGUUUCAAAAGGACCUUAGAUCACCCCUGAUGAAGACGCGGAGUAUUGAAACAUUGCGUCGUGAAUUCAGCCUUCCAGAAAGUGCACAGUCUUGCUAUAGAACUCUGUUUUCGUGAUUGAGAUUUUAGAUUUAGAACCUUUUAUCUUGUUACAGGUGACACAUUUACGAAAUUACACAUGCAGUUAUUAGUUAUAUUAGUAGACAAUUGCGCCACCGAAGAUACCAUAUGUGGAGAUAUUUUACUGCUGUACCCUGGUUUAAGUAAAUGAAUUAAUACACCCUUUCAGAAAGCACUUCGCUGUUGCUAUACUGUAGAACCUCGUUCCUCGCAUUUGAGACAUUGGCUUUAGAACCCAUUAUGUUGGGGUUUUUUUGUGAUCUUCACUGUAGUUAUAGGUCUUUUAUAUUCGAGCAAGCGCCUUCCACCUCUGAGAUCGUGGGUUCGAUUCACGCAGCGGCACUAACGUAAAAGGAGUCGGACAACGCUGUGCCGAAAGUCGUGUGUAUUUUUUCCGAGUACUUCGGUUUCUUCCCACACGAAAUGUUGAUAAAAGUGGAUUGGAUAAAUUGGAUUAGCCCCUCCCUGACCCUUCCGUCGUACAGUAGUUGUGCUUCGUGGUCGGACAUGAGUCGUAACUGUCAGCUUAUAGCUAACUCUGAUCUGCAAGUACACAAAAAUGAUUACCACUGCCCCACUUACUUACGAUUAGCCCACAUUCUCUCGUAGAUACCGUACAACAAAAGAUAUUAGCCUGCCAUUCCGUGUCAUUCCUUUGGUUCGUGAGGUUGGCAAAACCAGAAUGGAAGUCAAGGUUGUCCUGAAAUCUAACUUUAAACCUUCCGUCUUAGGACAGAAGAUUGAGGUUUGUACUGAUAUUUAUAACGUUAUCAUCUGAAAAUAUAAGCCCUCCAAUAUAAGCCCUUCCCCAAUAUAUUCCUGGCAAUAUAUUGCUUAAUUUAUAGCUAGUUAUAGCUAUACACAGUUAUUCAGCCACCAUUCAAUUAAAGGCUUUCAGAAAUCAUUGGGAGUAGAUUUGGUGCUACACAUGGAGAUCGACUGGAAUGUGUUAACAUUUAUAUAUGGGAGCUAACAAAGGAUGCUAAAUGUUUCAUUACAUAUAGAGAAAUAAGCGAAUACUUUAGUGAUUCCGAUAACUGUCUUUUCACUCCAUGUACAAAACUAUGAGAAUGUUAAAAAGCGAAUCGUGUUCGAUCUUCGGACGUAAACGGUACAGCUUUUUGUAUAGUUGUUUACGGUACGAUUGCUGAAGUGGUAUAGCAAUUAACACAAUAGCAGAGUUCUCAUUUAGUGUGUUUUAAUUCUUUAGAUCCGUAUUCCAACACCACCCACGACAGCUGGAGUACAAGUUGUAUGUAUGAAAGGAAAAGCGAAGUUUAAAUCCAGUGAGAACGCCAUCGUAUGGAAGUAUGUUCAUUAUAUGUAUACAUGGAUGCAGUAUAUAAAAAACGAAAGAUUCUAAAUUGGAUUAGCACUAUUGAGUGAGACACAAGGAAAACAUUCCAAAUCAUAUUUUGAAAACUCGAAAUAUUUAACAAUUAUUCGCCGAAGGCGAGGUGAUUAUCGGUGAAUAAAAACCGAGACGAAGUCGAGGUUUUUAUUCACGAUAAUCACCGAGCCUGAGGUGAAUAAUUGUUUUAGUAUAAUUUCAUAGGUGAUUAUUUGGAAACAAAUUUUAAAAUGCACAUUUCUUCGUCAUUUAAUUGACAAAAUGGCUUCGACCGCCAUUUUGAAAAUCGCUUAGGUGAUUAUCGCGUAAUAAUCACCUCAACGGCAACCAAUCAGCGUGGAGAAUUUUCAAUAAUCACCUAUGUAAUUAUACUAAUCAUGAUUAUAGUAUAGUUGUUAAAAACAAGAUGGAAAAUCCAAGGUGAUGUUUCGGCCUUAUUUCAAAAAGUCAUUAUGAGUUAGUAAUAAAUAGAGUCGAAUUAUUACAUGAAAUAGACCCUUCCGGGAAGUAUACUUAAGGGAAAUAUAGACCCUUUCGGGAUUGAGAUAAGGCGAAUUUUGGUUGCCAACAUAAGACCACUUUUUAUUGCUGCAAACCUUAGUUCUUUAUUUAAUAAGUUUUUUUCCUUAAAUUUCAUGUAAUACUUAUCUUUAUUUAUAGCCUACCAAUUUUUCAUUGUUGAAAAAUUAUUUAGGCGUACGGACGUACGAUUGUACGCCGAAAUUAGCUUGGCGUACGGCAAGAAUUUCAGACAACUACUAAAGUAACUAUUUAGAUGGUUUUUCCUUUGAAGUGAAUGAAUAACGAUUUUUGUUUAGGAUCAAGCGUAUGGCAGGAAUGAAGGAAUCUCAGAUUAGUGCAGAGAUUGAGUUGAUGCCUGCUAAAGAAGGAAAGAAAUGGGCGCGACCACCUAUAUCACUAAACUUUGAGGUAAGCCACGACUGCUAUUGAAAUGCGACUCGACGUCUCGUUUGUUUUCAACGCCUAGAGGCAAUGUCCACGUAAGCCAUUUCCCCGAAGAGAUUUUCAUAUUUUCGUUCGGGGUGUGUGGAUAAAUAUCUUGGGGUGCUGCUGCUUGCUUUGGCCGGGGCGUGGUUGCAACGCCCGGAAAGGCCAAGGAAAAAGUUUAACAAAAUUUGUUUUCUAGGCCUGCAUGGCGAGAUCUGAGACCAUAAUAUUGGUAAUUUUACAAAUUUAGUAGUAAGAAUAAUCAAAUAUGAAACUAUCAAAAUAUAUAUAAUUUGCGGGGAUGCAAAAACUUUUGUGGGCGGUGCCAAAUGCCUCGGGGGGGGGGGUGCAAAUAAUUUCUGGGGGAAUUUUCUGCUUGUAUUUUUCAGGUAGUCGUAUCGUAGAGUAUCUCUCUGAUCUAAUUUAAAUUUCUCUAGUAAAAGUAUUGAGUAACAUUGGAUAAACAAAGGAUACCACUAACUGUGCAGUUUACUAGUUUAUAUAGAACAUAUAUCCGGUUCGAUGUCGGUUCUUAGACCCCGUUUACACGGUACCGGACGAAUUUGGAACCGGACUAAAAUUCGGCCGUGUAAACACGCGAAAAGCACGGAACCGGACGAAUUUGAGACCUCCUAACAGGACGAAUUCGCGUGUAAACAGGCGAAAAAGGACGAAUUUCAGACCGGUCCCAAAUUCGUCCGGUACUGUGUAAACGGGGUCUUAGUAAAUUACAUCUAUUCUAUUUUCCAUCCAGGUUCCAUUUGCGUGCUCUGGUCUCAAAGUGCGUUAUCUCAAAGUAUUCGAACACAAGCUGAACUACAGUGACCAUGACGUCAUUAAGUGGGUGAGAUAUAUUUCGCGAAGUGGACUGUACGAGACUCGAUGCUGAACACAACGUCCAGAAGAAAUUGAAUGAAAACUUGUUUUAGGCAACUUUUUUGAAUAAUGAUUUACUAAAUAUAGCAAAAUUUGUCGCUGUUAUACAAUCGAAAAAAUAGUGGUAUUAAUGAAAUUACAUGAACAUGCAUAAGUGAGCUCAACUCAACAUGUUUGGUUAGAAAUGUAAAGGCUCUUUUCCAUUCAUCGCAUCCCUAGGUGCUGGGGGCUCCUGAAAAUUUUUUGUUGGGCUCCAGUCUUUUUUGUGUGUUAAAUAUUUCCGCGCAAAGGACAAGAUAUCUGUUUUCUUGGGCUAAGUACCGAAAUUUGGCAUAAAAAAUGAGAUAAAGUCCAUGGAAAGCAAUUGCAACGUACUCGUCUGGAAAUUUUUUUUACUCCGGAAAAAUUUUUUACCCCUAAAAUGGUACACUGACCGAAAAUUUUUUGGCGAUGGGGGGGAAUUAUUUUUGAUAGGGGGGCCCCCAAAAAAAAUUUGCCCCGGGCCCCCGCCAACCUCUCGACGGCCCUGGCGAUGAGUGGAAAAGAGGCUUAAGUAUGUGGGAGUGUGCUAAUCAACCUCACUUGCAACUGAGAACUAAGCUGAAUAUACCCGUCUGGAAAUAGCCUGCUCACAGACGUCGUUCUUACGCCAAGCGUAUUUCGUCGCUUGGCGUAAGAACUACAACGUCUGUGAGCAGGCUAGUCUGGAAAGUGCGUCGCCUUGGUUGUAUAAACCUUCGUUUUCAUGAUUUAGAUGUUGGAGUUUAACUAAUAGAGAGCUUCAUAGACUUUACUACAAGUACGACUACGAGAAUUUGGAUACGCUUGCAUCCAAGUUAGGUGGUCUUCCACACAAAAUUUUUAAAUUUUGUUAUCUUUGAAAAAAUAAAAAGUGCAGUCACUAUAGCGUUCUUUAUAAAAUCCGAACACAAAAAUGUACC